CCAGAAGAUCUGAUCUGGUGCCAUGAGAAUCUUGUUGCUUCUGCCCCUCCUCGCCGCCUCGCUCUCUCUCGCAGAGGGAGUGAUGGUGUGCUACUUCGGCUCGUGGGCCGUGUACCGCCAGGGCCUCGGCAAGUUCGACGUGGAGGACAUCGACCCCAAGAUCUGUACCCACGCCAUCUUCGGCUUCGCGGGCCUCUCCUCCGACUCCUCCAUCAGGGUCCUGGACCCCUGGAACGAGCUGUGCGACAACUACGGCAAGUGCGCCUACGACAGGUUCACGGCCCUCAAGCAGCAGAAUGCCAACAUGAAGGCUAUCUUGGCCGUCGGAGGCUGGAACGAGGGCUCGGCCAAGUACUCCACGAUGGCAGCUGACCCAGUCAGGAGGAACAGAUUCAUCACCACCUCAAUCGAUCUCCUGAAGAAGCAUGGCUUCGACGGCCUCGACAUGGACUGGGAGUACCCAACGCAGCGUGGAGGCAACCCUGAGGACUAUGACAAUUUCGUCAUCCUGUUAGCUGAACUGAAGGAAGCCCUGAGUGCGGAAGGCAUGGUCCUGACAGCCGCCGUGUCCGCUGGGAAGGGCACCAUCGACCCUGCUUACAACAUUCCAGAAAUGUCCAAGUCCCUCGACCUGAUCAACGUGAUGGCCUACGACAUGCACGGCGCCUGGGACGACUACACUCACCACCAGUCUGGUCUCUACGCUCAUCCCCUCGACGAGGGGGAUAAUCUCUACUUUAAUGUGGACUUCGCAAUCAGAUACUGGAUCGAGAAGGGAGCUCGCCCCGACCAGAUCGCCCUGGGUAUCCCGCUGUACGGCCGCUGCUGGACCCUCGCCAGUCAGCAGGAAACUGGGUAUUACGCCCCCGCGCACCAGCCCGGCGCCGCUGGGGACUGGACGAGGAGCCCUGGCAUGCUUGGCUACAAUGAGAUUUGUUACAUGCAAUCGACCCAGGAAUGGACCGUGGUGAAUGACCCUGCCAUGAACGAGCCCUACACUUACUACUUCCCCAUGAACAACAUCUGGUGCUCAUACGACCAUGAGGCCUCGGUUGUCAUUAAGACCAAUUACGCUAAGGCCAUGGGUCUGGCUGGUACAAUGGUCUGGAGCGUAGAGACUGACGACUUCCACGGGCUGUGCCACAGUCGCAAGUACAACCUCAUAAAGACCAUGGUCGAGGUGUUCGGCGGCGGCUCCAUCACCGAGCCCCCCACACUCCCUCCUCCGUCCACGACCACGCGGGACCCUAGCCUGCCAACGCUGCCCCCUUCCACCACCACCACAUACAAGCCACCUCCACCAGGAGAGCACUGCAGCCAACCAGGCCUGAACCCAGACCCUCUUGACUGUACCCACUACUAUCUGUGCUCUAUUAGCGUUACUGGCGGUUACGAUGAGACGGAGCAACUGUGUCCUGAGGGGACGCUCUAUAACCCCCAGAGCUACAUCUGUGACUGGAAGGACGCUGUCUGCCACCUGGACGGCAUCUGCCCCAAUGACUGCUAGGGCAACAGUACAUGUAUGCUUUGAAUAAAGUGCAUUCAAAGCAAAA